ACACUAGUGACAUAUCCUUCCUUCCUUGAGCCCUCCUUAUCCCGUCCUCCCUCCCUUGCCCCUUUCCCCUCGUCUCCGAUUCCCGCGGGCUCGCUGAUCCAGGCAUCAGGCGCUCCCGCCUCCACUGACACUCGCCCCUCCCCGAUGAGCCACCGGCGGGUGGAGGCCUGCGACUCGUGGCGGCCGCCGCGGAACCACGGGGCGCCCUCGCUGCACCUCCUCCGCGCGGGCCCCUGUCUCCCCGCGUUCGCGUCGCUCUCCGUCCGCGAGGGCGGGUGCGGGGAGGCCGCCGUUGCCAAGGCGGCGGCGGAGGAGGCAGCCGUCGUCCGGGUCGAGGGGAAGGAGAGCGCGGCGGAGAAGAUGGCGGGGAGCGAGGUGGACAAGGAGCGCAGGCUUCCGCCCGCGGCGCAGCUGGUGAGGCACCCACUGGCGAUUCUGGCUCUGGUGCCCAACAGCGCCGCGCUCUUCGCGGCGGGGGCCGCCGCGGGCGCCGUCGCCAAGACGGUCACCGCGCCGCUCGACCGCGUCAAGCUCCUCAUGCAGACGCACAGCGUGCGGGUCGCGGGAGAGAGCGCUAAGAAGGGGGUUGGAUUCCUUGAGGCUAUUGCAGACAUAGGAAAAGAGGAGGGUCUUAAGGGUUACUGGAAAGGCAACCUUCCACAGGUUAUUCGCAUAAUUCCCUACAGUGCGGUACAACUCUUCUCAUAUGAAGUUUACAAGAAAAUUUUCCGGAGAAAGGAUGGAGAGCUCACUUUGUUUGGGAGGCUUGCUGCUGGUGCUUGCGCGGGCAUGACAUCUACACUCGUAACUUACCCACUGGAUGUUCUCCGGUUAAGGCUAGCUGUUCAAUCUGGACACAGCACUAUGUCUCAGGUUGCUCUUAACAUGCUGAGGGAAGAAGGUUUAGCCUCCUUCUAUGGAGGCUUGGGUCCAUCUCUUAUAGGAAUAGCACCUUACAUUGCUGUGAACUUCUGUGUUUUUGACUUAAUGAAGAAAUCUGUACCAGAGAAGUACAAGAAUAGACCUGAAACAUCUCUAGCAACUGCUCUUCUUUCAGCAACAUUUGCAACUUUGAUGUGUUAUCCCCUGGACACUGUUAGAAGACAGAUGCAGAUGAAAGGCACAUCAUACAAUACAAUUUUUGAUGCUAUUCCAGGCAUUGUGGAGCGCGAUGGUCUAAUUGGACUAUAUAGAGGUUUUGUGCCAAAUGCGUUAAAAAAUCUACCAAAUAGCAGCAUUAAACUGACUGCGUUUGACACAGUGAAGACACUGAUAUCUACUGGGCAGAAGGAGCUGGAAAAAAUCAUGCAAGAAAACCAGGAUAAAACAAUCUAGGGAAAGAGCCUCAUUCAAGCUUUAAGGCUUGGGCAGAAUGCAUAUCUCCAUGCAUACUCCAUUUUGCUCUGUUUCCUCCUUUCCUGGGGCCAUAUUUUAGGAUUUAGUUGUCACAUCUUUCUGUUCCUUUUCAGUUUGGUCCUAUAUUACGGUGUUUUCCUUAGCAUAUGCAUUUCUAGAGAUAGGGGAGGCACUGGAAGGAAAUACGGCAAUGAGUUGAUUUCUUUAGUGACAGCAUAGCUUUAGCUAGCAUCAGUGGGAGCAUUCACCCUACAGAUCUUAUUUAUUUGAAUAGAAUAUAGUGUAUUAGUGUGACCUCAUAAGUUCUUCAAAAGUUACCAGUAUACAUCAUAGCCAGAGUAAUGGAAUAGCAUGGAGCACCCUGGCUACUGCCUAUUAGCAGGUUCUCCUUGUCAAUGAAAUAGCAUGUUUGUUCUACUGAACAGAUUGGGGUGACUGCUAUGAUUGUCUUGAUAUUGUACAUCCCAGACCUUAGGCUUGAGAUUUGCCAUCCAACAAUUUUAUUCAGUUUGGAGUUUUGUCCUUGUGAACCAUGUAUUCGUCAUUGUUGUUUUCGAACCAGCCAGUCCUAGAGAAGUAGGUGAUGAAAUGAUAAGGAUGAGGUGCUUAGGGAGAGGAUCAGAGGGGAAAAUGUAUCUGUUUUUUUUAUAUUGAGGAGACUUAUCUAUUUAGUUGUACAAUUUUAAGAAAUGAAGCGGGAAUGAUGUUUGAGAAA